AUGGCAAUUUCACCAUUUCAUCGAUGCUAUUAUUAUGGUACUUCUCAAACAUCGUUCAUUAAAGCAGCAAUUGGUGAUAGAUUAUGUGCAAUUGUCAGUAGACAACGAUUUGAAGGGCAAUUUGUUGCAUUAAUUAUUCCAAAAGAUCCAAUUCAAUCGGAUGAAUUCAGCACAUCAAUUGAUAUUUCCAUGUAUGUCAAUAAUAUGAAUUCUGAACUUCAAGCAGCAUUAUCAUUGAAUAUUUGCCAUUAUAUAGCACCAUUUUUUUCACGUAAUGAUCGUGACCUAUGCUUUUUAACUGUUGAUAGCUUGACGUUAAAUAUCGAACCAUUAAAUGUUAGCUGCUUGAAUUUAUGCAGUUAUAAGUGGUAUUCACAAGAUGCGGCAGCUGAUGAAAUUAGUGGUUUUCCGCGAGAUGAGUAUCAACAAACACCAAUUCUCGUCGAUUGUUUCAUUUGUCAGAAUGGCAAUCAACAGAUCGGCUUGGUUGCACGUUAUCGAACACCAUCAAAUCAUUGGCGUUGGCAAAUUUGUUCCGUCCUUCAAUGGAUGCAAAUGCGUUUCGUACGAUUAUUUUUUCUAAGCAUGGAUUUGCAGGUGGAAACGUUUGGAAAGAUUGUUCUACAUUUCACAACAUUUCUUAGCUAUCUCAGAGAUCGUUUAGUAUUACGACCAUAUGCCAGACUGGGAAUUCUAAAUUUAAAAUCCUGGAAAUGGAUCGAUCACUCCUAUAUGUUGAAAGAUAUUCAUUAUAUUGACCAGUUAACAGAUUUAGCAUCAGAGAGCGGGCAAAUUGUUUCAUUCAUUUCGCAGACGUGGGCUGAAAACGAAUGCGAACAGAGUAUACGCCUCGGAAAAUCUUCCGUAUCCAUCAUGUCACUAUUUUCAAUCGCUGAUUUUGAACUUCGGCGUCAAGGAAGCCUUGACUUAUGCAAUUUUCGUCGCCAAUUCUUUAAACAUGUUAGAAAUAUCUGA